AUGUCAUAUAAAUUACCGAAUUCAAUCCCUGAUUUUCCUACAUAUGGAUUGCUUCCCAAGGAGGAAACCGAAGCAGCAUCAUUUUUGAAAAAACAUCCUGAACAUGAUGGUCGUGGUGUUACUAUUGCAAUAUUAGACACCGGUGUUGAUCCUGGUGCUGCUGGUUUACAGACUACUACCGAAGGGAAGCCAAAGAUUAUCGAUAUCAUUGAUUGUACCGGUUCCGGUGAUGUAACGACAAAGGUUGUUGUAAAACCUGUUAUCAAAGAUGACGGAAAUGAGACUUUACAUACAAUUCAAGGCUUAACUGGUCGUACUCUUAUAAUUGAUCCAAAAUGGAAUAACCCUUCAGAAGAGUAUCGUGUCGGUAUUAAAAGAUUAUAUGAGCUAUUUCCACAAGAUUUAGCUGAUAGGCUUCGAAAGGAACGUAAACAAGAUUUUGUAAAAGAACACUAUCGGCUUCAAGCUGAAGCACAACAUAAUCUCUCUCUUUGGGAAGAAUCUCAUUCUACUUCUUCGAAUCCAUCAGAGCGUGAUACUUCUACUAAAGCUGAUCUUGAAGCAAGACUAGAAGUGCUAAAGGAUUUGUUAAAAAAUUAUGAUGAUCCUGGUAUAAUUUUAGAUGUGGUUGUAUUCUUUGAUGGAAGUGAUUGGAGAGCUGUUAUUGAUGUUGAUGAAAGUUGUGACUUGAGAGGCGCUCCACUUUUAACUGAUUACCGAAAAGAACGACAAUAUCACACUUUCAGCAAGGAAGAUUCAAUGAACUUUUCAGUUAAUAUUUAUGAGGAAGGAAAUAUUGUCAGUAUUGUUACUACAUCUCAUGAUCACGGAACUCAUGUCGCAGCUAUUUCUGCUGCAUAUCAUCCAGACGAGCCUAUUCUUAACGGGGUUGCUCCAGGUGCACAAAUUGUUUCACUUAAAAUUGGCGACACUCGAUUAGAUGGUAUGGAAACUGGUGCUGGAUUGGCAAGGGCUGCUAUAUCGCUCGUGGAAACUAAAUGUGAUCUUGCCAAUAUGAGCUUUGGUGAAGCAUCAGCUGUGCCAAAUUAUGGUCACUUUACUAGUUUGAUUCGCGAUGAAGUUGUUGGAAAAUAUGGUUGUAUUUUCAUAAGUAGCGCUGGCAAUAAUGGUCCUGCUUUGAGCACAAAUGGUGCACCCGGUGGUACUUCUAGUGAUAUUAUUGGGGUUGGAGCCUAUGUUAGUCAUUCAAUGAUUCAAGCUGAAUAUGGGCUUCUUGAGUCAGUCCCUGAACGUGCGUACACUUGGUCUUCUCAAGGUCCUAACACUGAUGGUGAUAUCGGUGUUACAAUAUACGCCCCCGGAGGUGCCAUUACGUCUACUCCACAAUGUUCCUUAACAAAGUCUCAAUUGAUGAAUGGGACCUCCAUGUCUUCACCUAACGCAACUGGUUGUGUAGCAUUACUUCUAUCAGGUCUUAAGGCUGAAAAUAAAGAGUAUUCACCUUAUAGAAUUAAAAAUGCUCUGGUUAAUAGUUCCAAACAAAUAAAUGAAAAUUUUAAUGUUGGACUUAUACAAGUUGAAAAGGCGUGGGAAUAUCUUGAAAAAUUUUACGAAACUCCCGAUCAGGACAUUGUUUAUGAAGUUAAGAUUUCAGGUUCACCAAGAGGUAAACGUGGUAUAUACUUGAGAGAAACAUACGAAACUUCAAGUCCACAAACUAUUAAUGUUUCUAUUAAGCCUAAAUUUAUGAAAGAAUUGGAUCCAACUUCUGGAGAAAAUAAUCAAAGGAAAUAUGAACUAGAAACCAGAUUGGCUUUGGUUUGCACACAAACCUGGGUGCGUGCAACUGAUUUUUUGUUUUUAGGAAGUAGAGGCCGGGCAUUUGAUGUAAAAGUUGAUCCGACUAAUUUAACACCUGGUGGAUUCUAUUUUGCUGAAAUUCAAGGUUAUGAUACAACUUGUCCAGACAGGGGUCCUCUGUUCCGAGUACCAAUCACCGUUAUAAAACCAAGUAUUUUAACUAAUGGUUCUAAACUUUGCUUUGAUAAAUUGUCUUUUGGUCCUGGUCAUAUUGAAAGAAGAUUCAUUAAGGUUCCUGAUGGUGUAACGCUUAAAUCUGCUACACACAAAAGCACUUCACCAGCAUCUUUCUGGCUACAUAUGGUACAAUUGUUGCCACUAAGGCGAUACACAUUUCAAGAACGUGAAUAUUUCUUUUCUUUUGCUAAAGGAAGUUAUGGUGAUGGAACUGGUGAAGAACAAAUUGAAAAAAAAAAUUUUACUGUUUGUGGCGGUGCGACCAUGGAGAUUUGCUUGGCUCAAUAUUGGUCUAGCAUUGGAAAUCACGAUGUAUCAUUAGAGUUCAUUUUCCAUGGCAUUCAAAUUGCAAACAAUGCCAUAAGUGGAAGUAAAACCGUUUUUAUCAAUGGUGGAGCUCCAUUUACUCGUUUGGAUAUUACCGCACCUAUUAGACGAGAAGAGGGAAUUAACCCUUCUGUUCAGCUUGAUGUCAUCCGUAAGGAAAUUCGACCAACGGAAUCAAGCUUAAAACCACUUUGCAUAGAUCGCGAUGUUCUUCCAAAUUCUCGAAGAAUAAAUGCUCUAACAUUAACAUAUAAAUUUUCUACGCCCGAAAAGAAUUUGUCCCUUACACCAAGAUUCCCAGCAUUCUUUGAUUUGUUGUAUGACUCUUAUUUCGAAGACUUCUUUGCAAUACUAUAUGAUGCCAAUAAAAAGGUUAUCGGCCAUCUAGAUAUUUACGCCAAGACCUUUAAACUAGAGUAUAAAGGGGAUUAUAUUAUUCGUGCACAAGUUCGCCAUCAUUCACAAGAAUUAUUAGAAAAGUUGAAUAACACAAUAUGCUUUUUGGAUUAUAAUUUAUCCAAAAAAGUUAAUUUGGAUAUAUAUGGUCAAAUACAUGACGUUUUCACGGCUGAAAAAUCUACAGGCGUAAAAAGUUAUUUGGAAAAAGGAGAAAGGCAGGCAGUAUUUAUCGGAACACCGAAUGAUUACUCUGUUUAUCCAAAGGAUAGUAAACCUGGCGAUUUAUUACUGGGACGUUUAAGUUUUGUAAACUCUUUGAAGAUUGAUGGUGGACAAUAUUCAGCCAGUUUGUUGAUUCCACCGCCCCCUGCUAAAAAAGAUUCUACCAAUGGAGGCGAAGAUGGGAAAGGCCCGGCACCUACUAGUGAUUCCGGACCAUCCGAGUCUACUGAUAAAUUAGAAAAAAAGGAUGAAAAGAUUAAUGAAGAACUUUUGGAAGCAAUUCGAGAUUUACAAAUUUCUUAUUUAAAAAAGUUUCCUGCGGAAUCAACAGCAAGAGAAGAUUUGUUUUCAGACUUGAAAGAUCGUUAUCCGUCCCACUUACCAAUUUCCCAAACUAAAUUAGAAUUACUCCUUGAUGUAGCUAGCGGUGAAAAAGAAAAUAUGACACCUGAAACAGCGAAAAAAAUCUUGGAAGUUUCAGAAGAAAUAUUAGAAAAGAUUGAUUUAACAGAAUUAGCACAAUAUUAUGGGGUUAAACAAGAAGCAAAUCUUAAUGAAGCCGCUAAAAAGAAGAAAAAGGAGAAUGAUGAUAAAAAGAAAGUCGUUAUAUUGGCUUUAGGAGCUAAAAUUCAAGCUUUAGCUGCUCUUGCAUCAAUUAGUUCAUCAAGUGAUAAUUUAUCGACGCAAUUGGAAGAAACUUGGAAGCAACUUGCUCAAUGGCUAGAUGCUGUACCACCUAUAUCAGAUCUUAAACAACUACUAAUUUAUAUUAUACGUGAAAGACGAGAGAAACGAUAUGGAAACGCUCUUAAGGCGCUUGGAAAAUGGUUUGGAGAAACUGGGUUAGGCAAUGAUAAUACUAAAGAUUACGAAAAGGCUUUGGGAUUGAAGAUUGAAUUGUUGAAAGAACUUGAAUGGAAAGAUUGGGAAAAGUAUGAAAAAAAAUGGAAGAUCAUUAGGAAUCCACCCGGUGGUUAUGCACCUUUUUAA